AUGUUGCAUGAAUUAUUACUUGCACUGUACGGUAUAUCUGGUGGCAUCUUCAUUGAAUCUACAGAGAAAGGUGGUGAUAAUGAUGAUACAGAAUUGGAUAGACAUUUAAUACCUCUGGUGAAUGAUAAUCUCCUCCUUCCUGAAAGUGAACUUAGUCUACAAAGAGAACUAUUAAAACUAGGCUCAUGUUAUAAUUAUUUAAUCAAGUUUAUUGAAAAAUUUUCAGAGCCUAAUUAUGGCUUGUAUUUAUCAGCUUUCGCCUUUGGAAUUGAUGAUUCACUUAAAGAAUAUCGAGCGGAUUUAUGUACACUGGAGACUGAACUAUCGACAGAUAAAUCUAUGGGUGUUUCACACUUAUCUUGUCGCCUGCAUGCUUACAAGAUUUUACUACCUGUACUUGUAAAAGUCACAAAGAAAGUUGAAAGUGUUGUUAUUAAUCCUGAAAUGAUGAAGCAUACUAGCUCAUCAAGUUGUCGACUUCUAGAUGUUAUAUUAUCUGCAACACCUCCUGGUCUUCCCGGUCCAAGAUAUGUUAUGCGUAAGGUGGUUUCGCGUGUUAUGCAAGUAUUCUAUCGACAACUGUCUUCAUGGCUUAUCUACGGUGUUCUGUAUGAUCCUUAUUCAGAGUUUUUCAUCAAAAAACUUGAGUCUAAUCAUAUUUCAGAUGAGAAGAAGAAACAACAACCAUUGUUUGUGAUAGACAGUCACUGCAUUCCUUCAUUUUUGCCUACAACAUUUGCUCAAAGAGUAUUUGAAACUGGCCAGGCUGUUUACUCGGCUAGUCAUAAUCCCUCAGAGGCGUCAUUUAUCUUGGAGUUGGAAAAAGUGUAUAUUCCACGGUUUACAGAAAUAUCAACCUGUGUUGGUGAAGAUGUCAACGGGAUCCAGUCAACUGAAAGCAGUUUGAGUAACUUGAUAAAUGUCAAUGAAAUUGACAGUCUUGUAUGUGAUAUCAAAAGUGUUGUUUUACAUCAUGUUUGGUGUAGUGUAAUACAACAGCAUAAAUUUAUUGAUUAUCUUCGGCUGUUUAAAGAUGUCCUACUUUUAGGACGUGGUGAACUGUUUCUUGCAUUUCUUGAUCAGCUGAAUUUUAAGAAUCAGACACCGCCAACAAAUGAAAAUGAAGUGGAAGCUCUUGAAUAUGAUAUUACUCAGGCGUUUCUUGCAGCAGCAGCACGAUGUCUAGGCUUAGACGAUGAAGAAUUAGACGAUCAAUUUAGAAUUUUUAUAAAAUUGAAAACCACAUCUCAACAAGAUCCCGCAGCAACAACCACAACAACAGCAAAUCCUACAACUGAUCUAACCGUCUUAGACUGUUUAUACUUACAGAUUAAUAUUCCAUCAGCCCUCGAUUGUCUAUUCUCUACACAAAUAUGUCAUGCUUACAAUAGGCUGUUUCAUUUUCUCUUCUCUAUUCGUCGAACACAAUUAAAGCUACAGCAGUAUUGGGCUGAUCAAAUUCUUCUAUGGCGUCGUGCUAGAUCUUCAGCGUAUUAUAAGACGAAGAAGGGGCCAGGCAGGAAUGCUGAUGAUGAUAAUAAUAUAACAAUGUCAAAUAGUAAUUUUGUUCAUUUACAAUUGAGAAUAGGUCGGCGUUUAUUAGUUCGUAAUCAUAUGGCAUUUAUUAUUGAAAAUUUAUUAUACUACUUACAAGUUGAUGUUAUUGAAUCACAAUUCUCACAUUUACUAUAUCGUUGUCAAACCGACCAAGAUAUCCAAUUGAUUCAAAUCGCUCAUGAGGCGUAUUUAGCCAGUCUACAAGCACAAGCACUAUUAUUCAUGCCAAAUGUAAAACAAUGUAUAUUCAAUUUACUCAACACUUGCCGUCAGUUUGUUCAUAUAUCAAGUCAAAUCGCCUAUGACAGCAGCAGUGACACUGGCGGUGUUUCUCUUGAGAAUAUCCAGUUGUCUAACAAAGAAGAGCAUAUCAUCAGUGCAUUUUAUAAUCAAUCGAAAUUGUUAUAUGAGUUAAUUAGUAUGUCGUGUUCAACCGGUGCUAAAAGCAGCGUUAGCAUAAAUUCUGCUUAUACUCAUCGUUUCUCCCGUGGCAAUAAUAAUAAUAUUAUUAAUAAUAAUAGUAAUAAUAAUCCUGUUCUGAAUUCAGGAACAGCAGAUUUAAAUCAGUUAUUAUUACGCUUAGAUUUUAAUAAUUAUUAUAGUAAUUUACCUGAGGAUUUAAUAUGA